UAGGUGGGAACGGGUUGAUAGAUGCUUUGCCUUGCAUAGUUCUUUUACAUGUGACGAUCAUGUGCCAAUUUUGUGUGAAAGAACAGCAUCCUCAACGGGGAACAAUCUGCUUGGAGAGUGGAUCAUAUUUAAAGAACUAUGCUGGCUGUAAGGGGUGUGGGAAAAGAGAACCACUUAAAACUUUAGAAAUGUCCACUCAGGAGGAUAAUGAUGGAGAAGAACUUGUUACCUACAAACAUAUCUGUCCUAGCUGUGAACACCUUGUGGCUGAACAUGAAUACACAUUUAGGGUCGAAGGAAAGUACCAGGAAUACAUGAUGACUUGUCUACUUUGUGGCACUGCAGCAGACUCUAUAAGUAUUCUUCCUGAGAGUCCUACUGAAAACACCAGCACCUUUUAGCUUUUGGCUUAGGGACAUUUACUUAAUAUGUGAAACUAUGCAUGACCAGUCAUACAUAUACAUGCACAGAGAUUUGUGCACAAGAGUUUUGUGCUACCCAUUUACAAAC